ACCACAGAGCUGAUUCUCUUUCCUUCAAAAAAAAAAAAAAAGAGCUGGUCCUCUCUCUCUCUCUCUCUCUCUAAAGAUGUCAAUGGCAAUUUCUGACCCAUCUUCUCUCUCUGCAGCUCAAUUAAGCUUCACCAAGAGGAUUUGUAGAGUAUACGGUGGUAACCACUUAUUAAGAGCGACUGCAAGGAGAAAGGAUUGUUUAGCACGCUCUGUUUCAAGCGAAGGCAGCAACCCUUCAGUGGAGGUUGACGUCAGGUUUCCAAGAGAUUACUCUGAGCUUCUUCAACAGGCGAAAGCUGCGACUGAAUUGGCUUUCAAGGACAACAAACAACUGAUGGAGAUUGAAUUUCCAACUGCAGGCUUGGAGUCUGUACCAGGUGAUGGUGAAGGAGGAAUAGAAAUGACCGGAAGCAUGCAGCUCAUUCGAGAAUUCUGUGAUCUCUUCAUAAUUUCAGAGAAAGUUGCCAGAACAAGAAUUUUUUUUCCGGAAGCAAAUGAAGUUGAUUUUGCAAGAAAGUCAGCUUUUGAAGGAUCUUCACUUAAGCUCGAUUAUCUAACAAAGCCAUCAUUAUUUGAAGAUUUUGGGUUUGUGACGAAGAUCAAAAUGGCAGAUAGAGUGAAGCCCGAGGACGAAAUUUUCUUGGUUGCGUACCCAUAUUUCAAUGUUAACGAAAUGCUUGUGGUUGAAGAGCUUUAUCAGGAAGCAGUAGAGAAUACUUCUAGGAAACUCAUCAUAUUCAAUGGAGAGUUGGACAGAAUACGAAGUGGAUAUUAUCCACCAUUCUUCUACCCGAAGCUUGCAGCGCUAACAAAGACCUUUCUUCCCAAGCUAGAAACCAUAUAUUACAUUCACAAUUUCAAAGGCCAAAGAGGAGGAACAUUGUUCAGGUCAUAUCCAGGGCCAUGGAAGGUACUGAGGAAAGAUAGAGAUGAAUACAUUUGUUUGCACCAGCAAGAAGAGAUGCCGUCUCUCAAGGAAGUUGCACUUGAUAUUCUUCCUUCGAAAUAAACAAGAAUCUCACAUUUUGCGUAAGUUGUUUCAAAUAUAUAGAACAAAGCAAGUAAGGUUUAAAUGUUAUGCUUUCUGUGUCACUAUAAUGUUUAUGAAAACAGGAUUUGUUUGUUUGUUCAUUCGUUUGGAAGCAGCAAUCAAUGAAAAUAUUGGUCACAUCGA